AUGAGAAAAAAAAAAAUUAUAAGCGCUUACUUCUUUUUAAUACUUUUCUCAUUUGCCAGUAUAAUAAUAAAAACAUAUGUAUGUGGAAAAAUAAAAUUAGAAAUUGUUGACUCUGACAAAAAAUCCAUUGAAGGGAAAAUAAAAAAUAAUGUGAAACAGUUUAGCCAGAAAAAAUUAUUGGUAAUAACGAAUAUAACUAAUUUAGAAGUAACACACAAGAGCUUUUUAAGUUUGUUAAGUGGGAAAGAAGGAAACUACGUGAAAAAGGUCGUUCACAUUGAUAAGGGUAGCACGAGUGAUAGGAAUGGUAAAGCACUGGAUGGUGGGGAUGGCAAAGCAGUGGGUUGUGUGAAUGGAAAAACAAAGAACGGAGAAAGCGAGUUAUUCGGAAAAAUAGACCACUCCUUGUAUGACGGAUUAGUAAUCAUAUUGGAUACCCUGGAUGACGAUAUCAUUACAAAAUUAAAUAUUGAUUAUGUAAAAUCAUUUAUAGAAAAGAAGAAGCAUAUAUUUUUAAGCCUAAAUCGAGUGAAUGGAAAAAUUGCAAGUGAUUUCCUAAAUGAACUGAACCUAAAUGUGCAUGGAAAUAACUCGUACGUUUAUGAUAAUUUUAAUAGUAUAUUAUUAAAAAGAGGAUAUUUUGAUGGGAAAGAAAAAGUGGGAAAAGCUUUUUAUUCAACUGAAAUAAUAGAAAAUACGCCCAUAAUAGUAAGCAUAUUAAAAAAGAGAAAACAAUGUAUAUUAUUCAAAGGAACAGCACAUUCUGUUUUGUUAAAAAACAAAUAUUAUCUAAACGUUUUAACAUGCCCCAAAACAUGUGUCUUAUAUGAUAAGAAUGAUAAUAUUAUGAAAAAACGAAAACAAGGAACAGAUUUGUUAUUAGUAUCAUCCAUUCAAUUAGAAAAUAAUUUUCGUUUAAUUUUUUCUUCCUCCUCUGAUAUAUUUUCAGACUUAUUUUUUAGUUUAAAUAAAGAUAACUAUAAAUUUGCUGAUAAUAUAAUUCAGUGGAAUUUAAAAAUGACUGGUAUUUUAAGAUAUAAUAAUUUUAAAUUAUAUAAAAAAGGAGAUAAAGAAAAAAAGGAUUUUUUUGUAGAUGAUUCUGUUCUUAUAUCUAUUGAUUUAUAUGAAUUAAAUAACAGUUAUUGGAUACCUUAUAAAGAAAAUGACAUACAAUUUGAAUUGAUUAAAAUGGAAAUUAUAACAAGAAAAUUUUUUUAUACAAAUAAAUAUAUCAACAGUCCAACGUACUACAAAUAUAUAAAUUUACCAAAAGAACAUGGGGUUUAUAAAUUACAUAUUUAUUAUUUGAGAAAGGGAUAUAAUAUUUUAAACUUGGAAUAUUUUAUACCUGUUAGAUCGUUUUUACAUUAUGAUAAAAGUAAAAAAGUAAAACUAAAAAAUUAUCCUUUCUAUUUUUACAUUUAUUUAUCGCUCUUUUGCUUUUUUAUUAUCACGUUGAUAAUUUUGUUUGACGAUUCGAGGUGUACCAGUGAGGAGGCAAAAAAAGAAAAAAUGGCCUAA